AUGCGCUUCGCCACCCUCCUCCCGCUCUCGCUCCUCGUCGCCGCAACGGCAACGACGGGCGCACCCGCCACCGCCUCUUCCGACGCCGUCAACGACGAGGCGGUGCAGAUCCCGCUCGCCGUGCCCUACCUGACCGAACCGCGCACCGUGACGUUUACCGUGCCCGACUCGCUCGCCCACCUCUUUGACUGGGCCAGCGACCACGCCACUUCGGCCAGGCAGGCCGCCGUGCAGGCUGCGGCGGGAGACGAGGGAGACAUCUGCCCCAAGAUGAAGGUCUCGUGCGUCAAGGACGGCAAGACGGUCGGCGAUAUCGGCAAGAAACCCUUCUGCAGGAACGGCGUUACUUGCGGACAGUGCCACCAAACCGAGAACACGGCAGAGUGCAACGCCAAGCACCUCGCCGAGUGCAAGGCCCAGUGCGAGGCCCAGGGCCCUCUGGGCGGCACCGCCCACCGCAUCAUGGCCGAGUGGUUCGCCUAG